AUGGGCGGGAACCAGUCGGUACCGAAGAUCACUGCCCAGGACCGUGCAAUACUAGAGUCAAGAGAUAAAAUCAAGCAGUAUCAGAAGAAGAUACAAGGAAUUCUCGAGCGCGAACAUGAGAUAGCGAAACAGCAUCUAGCUGCAGGACACAAGGAUCGCGCUCUCUUCGCGCUGCGCAAGCGGAAAUAUCAAGAGAGUCUGCUGGUCAAGACGGAUGGGCAAUUAGAGAACCUGGAGAAGCUAGUCUCGACAAUCGAGUUCUCUUUGAUCGAAGUGUCCGUGUUGCAUGGAUUGCAACAAGGUAACGAGGUGCUCAAGGAGAUACACAAGGAGAUGAAUCUAGAGAGCGUGGAGAAACUGCUGGAGGAGACGCAGGAGGCGCGAGAGUAUCAACGGGAAAUUGAUGAGACGCUCACUAAUUCCUUGACCGUUGAAGAGGAAGAGGCCGUACAGGUUGAGCUGCAGGUUCUCCAGCGAGAGGCGACGGGCGAACAGACGCAGCCUCCUAUCGAACUGCCGUCUGUUCCAUCACGGGAACCGGUGGCUGCGGUGCCGGAAGGAGCGGCUGAGGCAGGACCGCGAGAACGUGAGCCUGUCGCGGCGUAACGCAGGGUUGAGAAUAUAUAUGACACCUUGACUAUCUUACAUCGUACAUACUGUAGCAGCAUACCAUAUAUCUUACUUGUGGAUCACCAAUUAUCGAAGUUCCCG